AACGGUACAAUUAUCAAAGGUUUCCAUCUCCAUUGCAGAUUUUGAAUACUGUUGGCCUGUGGCCAACAAACGCAGAUGGCCUCGUAACAGGGCAAGAAUUGAUCGAACCGGUACUGUUUUUCUCCUGGGGAAUGAAAACGACAACAGUGACUGAGGAUGUUAAACAACUGUACGAGCUUCAGUUUGGCAUACAGUAUGAAAUUCGAAUACACUACACACCACCUGAGU